AUGGGUGCCGCUCUCGCGUUCCUGUCUUUUGGGCUAGUUCGUAUUCUUCUCUUCAUGGUGCACCAUGCAGCUGCCGGGUCUGAUCCCGUCGAUCCAACCGAGGGUUUUGUUGAUGUAUCGUUGAACAAAACCAACUUCCACAAUCUGAAACCCUACGACCUGCCGGCCAGCCAGCGUUACAGCUACGUGGAUGGCGUUCACAAGUUCUGGGUUUAUUCUACGGACAACCCUCUCUCAAACGGCAGCCCAACCCACCCUCGUUCUGAACUUCGCGUUGAAGGAUACUAUUAUAGUACCGGUGUUUGGCAAUUCGAAGCAUAUGGGUACGUACCAUCAGGGACCUCAGGUGCAUGCAUUAUGCAAGUAUUUGGAGCGAAAACUCAUCCCACAACCUUAAUGCUUAAAGUUAAUAAUGGUACACUCACUUACUACUUGAGCAACGUCCUUGAACGAAAUAUAUACGAUAGGUGGUUUCGACUAAACGUAAUUCACGAUACAAAAGCUGCAGUUACAAAGACUUUCAUUAAUGGGGUCCUGAAGCUCGUGGCUCCUCAUCGUCAAAAUGCCACCCAUCAUUUCCAAUUCGGGGUCUAUCAACAAGAAAAUGCUUCCUUCUAUGGGGAAUCCCGUUGGAAGGGAAUUAGAGUUUUGAAAAAAGUCGAUGAUGAUUAUAGAAAAUUGCCGUUCAAGAAAGAUAAUAUUCCUAGGAAAUUAUUGAUGGAUCCUAAGGAUAACAAUGUGAAUGUCGGAGGAAGUUGCAAUGAGAGGGCUUCUCAUGAGGAUGACAUUGAUUCUACAUCAAUGCUUUGUGGUUUUGCCCAGCAGUUCAUGGCUGAGAUCAUUCGCAGUUCUAGGGGACAAAACUAUCCCACCACUGACUUGUGUUGUACCAUCGAUCAGUUUACCCGCAUGAAUCCUCCAACCUUUACAAGAGGAGCUGACCAAUCAUAA